CUGCACAACACAUUUAUUGAAUAUAACUUAUAAGUAAAAUAAUAUUAUUUUUGUAUUCAACAUUUUUAUACCACUAUUGUUCUAACUUCUAACAAGAGUUGUGUAAUAGGGAAGGGGAUUUAUGGUGCGGAGGUUUCCCGUUGCCUUCUGCUCUAUAAUAUUAAUAGUAAUUUGAAAUCAAUGGUUAAUUAUAUUAUAUGGGAUAAAUAUAUUAUGUUAAGGGUAAAUACGCGUAGCACUAUGUAUUGUUUGUUCCUAUUCUGAUCACAGUUCAAUGUUCAUCAUUAUUAGAGAUGGUGCUAGCAAUACUAUUUUAUAACAGUUAAAUUUCUGUCGCUAUACUACUGGUUGUCAAACAAGUGAAACAAUUUGCUCAUUGAAAUUUAUAGACUUGACUUAAAGCACAAUACACUUCUCCAAAAUGUCUCUAAGUUCUCUUGACGAUAAUGGCGCAUCAUUAUCAGACCAUUACAAAGACUUUUAUCAUUUAUUUAAAAAAAACACACCGCCCGAUAUAAACUUAGUAACAGAUGAUGGUGUACAAUUAGCUGCUCAUAAACUUAUUUUGGCAUCGGCUAGUUCUUGGUUUGAAGUACUAUUCUACGGUGGCUUUAAAAAAAAUGAGAAAAGAAACGUGACUUUAAAAGAAAUCGAGUCUGAUGUCUUAAGAUCCAUUCUGACGUACGUGUACACAUUCAAAUUAAACAUAAAAGAAAAUAAUAUUGAGAAACUGUUAAAAGCUGCUGAUUGUUAUCAAUUUAAUAAUGUAAAAAAAUUAUGUUAUAAUUAUAUUAGAGAGAAAAUAAACAUCUUUAAUUGCAUGGCGUUCAUGAAAUAUGCUAAUCCUAUAUCACACAGAGAACUUCACUAUUUCUGUUUUAAUUAUAUUUUAAUGAACUUCAAUGCUAUUGUGAAUUCGGAAUCGGGUUUGGAAGGACUAUUUGAACUAAAUUUUGAUGAUUUUGUCGAGUUCAUAUCCAACGAUUAUUUGGAAAUUCAAUCAGAAGAAAUGAUUUUUGAAUUUAUCAUUGGUUGGAUAAAUUAUAACUUAUGUGAACGCAAGGACUAUUUACCUGAAUUACUUAAGUAUUUGAGAUUACCAUUGAUUCCUAAAAACAGAUUGAAGCGAAUAACUAAUGAACCUUUACUGAAAAGAAACAAAGAUUAUUUGGUUGACUUCAUGAAAGAAAUUGUUAAUAUCCGUGCUGGUUUAAAUAUUUCCAACACAACAUUUAGAACACCUUAUUCACAUGUAUCAAAUAUUAUUUUUGCUAUAAAAGGUGUAUUGGGGGAUGAAGACGGCUAUAUCAAGUAUCUAUAUAUGAGAGAUGAGGAGAAUCUGAAUUGGAAAUUUUGUGAUUAUGCGUUUUUUCGACCUCGUCGCUAUUGUUCCGUUAUGGUGUUCUCAAGUAAAGGUGUGAUAUUUGCAAUUGGCGGUUUCAAGGAACCCAAUAAGUGGACAAAUUACAUAGAAGCACUUGAUCUUAGUUCAAUGGCCAAAGAUUGGGUGCCUUUAAUGCCUAUGAAAACUACCCGAAGAAAUUUUGCUGUUAGUAUUCAAGGAAAAUACAUAUAUGUUAUCGGAGGUGAAGAUAUGCACAAGAAUACGUUGAAUUCGAUAGAAUAUUAUGACUUAGAUUUGAAAGUUUGGAAUUGUUUUUCAAAACCGAUGCCUACCCCUCGUAAAUACUGCAAAUCUAUCAUCCACAACAAUCGUUUAUUUAUUUUUGGCGGAAUUCACCUCAACACGAUGCUUGCUAGCGUAGAUUGCUACGAUUUAAAAAAUAAUAGAUGGAUACGACUCGGUUCUAUGCCAACGCCCAAAUGUUCUAUGGCUGUGGCGAUGGGAAAGAAUGUCGUUUAUCUCAUUGGCGGUGGAUUCGGCAUUUUACCAAGUACAUCUGAAAGGAGUGUUUUCAAAUUUGACUUACAAUAUUUAAAAUGGACUGUGUUACCAGACAUGAACGAACCCAGGAGCAAUGCAAACGGUGUCGUUAUUAAAAAUGAUUUAAUCGUUUUUGGAGGCGUACAAUUUGACAAGCCUAAACUAACGCUAGUGACAAAAAGUGAGAAAUAUAAUUCCAAGAAAAAAGAAUGGCAGUUUGCUGAAUCGGCUGACGUGUCAUUUCCCUAUAAUCAAGCAUUUUGUCUUAACGAUAUGAAACUUAAAGCAUUUGGAAUUAACAUAUAAAAUGACUUCAAAUUUGUGUAAUAAUUGACAACUAUUGUAUUGAAUUGUUUUCAAAUGUAUUUUUAGUGUACUGACUACAAUUUUUUCUUUUUACAUAAAAAGGUGGCAUGUAAAGGGCACCUCACGAUAGUCUGACAGAUUUGCAUAAAAACUUAAAUGUGUAGGUGAAUCUGUCAGACUAUCGUGAUACACCCUGUAGUAUAGUAGCUAUUAUUAUUGUUCAUUUGUUUUGAUGUGAUCCUAUUCGACAAGUACAUAUGUCAUGUAAUACCUAAUAAGUAACUUUUGUUUUAUGUUUAACGUUAGUUACUUUUUUUUUACCAAUAUAACCAUUUGCAUUUGCUGUUAUUUCUAACGUGUAAAUUUGUUCCAAAUAAUUUUGUUUAUAUACAAAGUGGUUCAACAAAAUACAUAUGGAAAACUGUAUAUAUUUUUUUUAUACAUAUCG